AUGAAGUACACUGCUGCCCUUUCCGCCCUUGCCCUCGCCGCCACGGCCAUGGCCGCUCCUGCCGAGCUCGACGCCCGCACCAACAGCAACCCGCCCAGCAACUGCAACAACAAUGGCAAGCAGGUCUGCUGCUCCGGCCUUCUCAACUGCCUCGUUCAGGCUAUCGGCUCUCCCUGCCAGAAUGACGCAUACUGCUGCAAGACCGAUGCCCCUGUUGGCGCUCUCAUCAACGUCGCACUCCUCAACUGCCUUAAGCUUCUUUAA